CACCUCACCUCGCGUAUCGCUUGACGUGUUCGCGAAACAUUCGGAAUUCGAAACUGGCGGCAAACUCAUUUUUGACAGCCGAUCAGAACGUUUUAUUUUUUUUAUAAUUUUUUUUUUCGCCAGUGAUCAUGGCCUAUAUAAUGGUAAAUAGUGGUAUUUGUGUUUGCAAACACAAAAAUUGAAAUGUAUUGUUCCAGUAUAUGAGAAAUUCGCACGGUAGCCGCAUUCGUUAUUAGGUCAGAGUCAAAAAUGCAGCAAUGAAAUGAUAAGAUAGUUAAAGCAAUGCGGGCCGGAUGGCGUGGCGCGGGGUGACAUGGCCAUAGCCCUGGUGUUCCUCCUGGCUACGGUGACCGCCGCGCGCCUCGGGGACCUCGCGAGGAGAGACAGCGGCGAUGUCUUCACGAUCACUGGUGACUCAUGCGGAGCGGCCCAAUGCGCAGAACACGGAGCGGGUGUACACGAGCCCGGCGCUUGCGCGUGCGCAUGUCCGCAACGCGCGCCGCUCUUCAGGGAAGACCGGGAGCUUUGCGUUGAUGAUCUGCCCGAAUGUUCUUUGGCAACAUUCGGGACAGGUAGUGGAGUGCAGAAGAUACCUUUCGUUUAUUUACCCCUAAAAGGACAAAUUAUUCAUCCUUCGAAAGAAAUUACUUUUAAAGAUGUAAAGACGCCAAUAUGCGCAGUGUCUGGGGCACAGUUCCUGACUCGCAAAGGCUUCCUGGAUCUCCGGAACACUCUCGAUGCAGAUGUUCCCUUCAAUUUGUUCCGAGACGAGGGCAGAACUUUCCUUCAAUGGAGCGGCGAGGACGAUGUGCGUGCUCGCAUGACAGGCCGUGUGAUGGUGGUCCGUCUGCUUUGUCGCGACGUGUCGGCCACUCCAGCCUCUCCUCUAGAUUUAAGAGGAGUCUUCACGCCGUGUGUUGCGUUUAGGGUACAAGGCUCGCCACCAAAACAGGCUUCUAAUAUAACCGAAGUACAGUUCGCACCUAACGCUCAAACAUCAGAAGUGGUCACCUCAACAGGGCUGAGUGUCACUGAAUAUGUUGCCAUUGGAAUUAGUUCCCUGCUCCUCGGCCUAAUUUAUGUUGCGUCUGUUUUCCUUUUUCUACACAUCAGAAAGCGUAGAAAAGCUGCAUCCGAAAAUGGUGGCAUCAACAGAUUCAAAGGCUUGAAAAAGAAAGACGGCUCAGUGAUAACUGAACGAGAUAUAAUCCGUAUAAAUAAUGAAAGACCCCUAAGUAAAGCAUUAGGACAAGACGAUGGUAUCAUCAAGAAAAAUCCGUUGCUGGCCAUUACAAGACAAUUUCAUGAAACCAAAUCUUUCUCAUGCGAUUCGGGAAGCAAUAUUUCCGAUUCUGAAGACUUAGCUGAAAGCAGUUCAAGAAGUGAAGACCACAUUUACAAUAGCCAAGUUACAUCAGCAGUCGUACAUCUGCACCAAGAAGAAUCAAAAAAUCAGAGAGACAAUUCUGAAAUAAGUCAUCGUGAUGAAUCAAACAUUGAAAGACUUCCAGACGAACACGUAUCUAUAGUAGAAACAACAGACGAUAGAGAAAUAACACGACCAGUUGGAACGACCAGACGAAAGUUAUACUUCAAUCCCGCGUAUUUUGAACCACAUCUAAUGGCAGAACCUCCUGCAGCUGCAUUAGAAUUUCUUGAAAAAAUUCGGGAAGUAAUUGCUAUAGCUAAACAUAAAAUGGCUUCUAAACGCUUUCAACCAGUUCUCAAUGAAAUACCUGAAGAAGAGACGUUUCCUUCAGCAGGUAAUAGUAUGGACAUAUAUCAAGGUUUAGGAAGUCAAAGAAGUGGCAGCCUUGUAAGUCUAAAGAGAGAAAACAGUAGAAAAAAAAUUGGAAAUUGUGUUGGCUGUCCUGGUUGUCAGUCUAAUAAUGAGUCCGGGAUGCACAAUUUUAUCAAAUAUGACGUUCGUGCGUGCACAAAUUGCUUACAUGGUAAAGGGGAUAAACAGAAUAGUAUUAGAAAAUGGUUAGAAAAUAUCCCAACGACAAAGACCUCACUAAAUAAUGAUCUUCCACAAAAUUCCAAUCAUAACAAUAUAAUCAACUCUUUGAUGUCCUUGCCUAAUAAUGAUCGACAGAGAAUCAGAAAACAGAACAGUUUUUCGAAUACAAGUUCUCUGUAUUUAAGGGAUAAUUCAUCUAGACGUAAAAAAUCAUCAACUAUGUCAGUUAAAUCAGAACCAACCAGGAGGAAUUACAAUAUUCCCCUACCUGAGUUUAACAUGGAAGACUGCCAGCCAGAUUAUAAUUACUUCUGUAAAACAGUUUCACGAAUUGAAAAUUUUAGAACUGCUAACUAUGGUUACUAUCAAUCAGUCAGUCUUAGAAAUAGCGCUCUAGCUAAUCAAAGAAGGAAUAAAUACAUAACAAACAAAAAUGCAUUGCCGGAUAUGGUAAACGACACGAUAGCUUUAGAUGAGUGCUCAAAAGUUUAUCAUCAGAGUAGUUCUGAUGACGAAAGAUUUAACAGGAACUCAGAUUUAAUAGAAAACCGUUAUACAAGCCGUAGUUCUGAAAGUCCCAUGUGCAAUGAUUAUGAAACGGAUAGUCUAGAAAGAAGUACACACCAAAAACGAAUAAGUACACCCACUGAGUAUCCUGACAUUCCAUCUUCUUCGCAAGCUAGUCCUAGCUUAAGCAAUGCACUCCCUUUAGAAGAAGAACUAACAAUGAGAAAUUCUAUUUAUAAAAACUCAAGUAGUAAUAGUAACACGCCUUCUCCACAGAGAGAUAUAUGUAUUGACCAAAAUCAUUACGAAGCCAUUGUGAAACCUAAUACUAUAGAGCCACAUGCGGACAACGACAUAAAACAUAAUAGCGACUACAGUCUAGUAAGCGAAGUGUACGUAAAUAAUAAUUAUAAUUUUGGAAGCGCGCCCACUUCUCCAAGUGGCUCUGAGUGUUCUAUGGGAAGUAGGAAAUUAGUUGCAAAUAUAAACAAUAAUGUCGAGGGAAAACCUGGCUGUCUUACUAUAGAAGUAAUCGAUCCGCCUGAAAAUUACAUAAAAAUUCAUGAAUCAGAUGGUUUUGAACCAGAUACACUUGAUCGUAAACAACUAAAACACAAAGAAAUUGAAGAAAAUUUAACAACUUUGCAUUUUUGUCGUUCAAUUGAUAAUUUAGAUACAAAUUAUUCACAACCCGGUCAGGCAAUCCAACUAAGAAGCAGCGGGACAUUCACAAAAAUACAGGAAAAAGUUGAGUACUCUAAAUUUAAUAGCCUAAGAAACGAAUUUGAAAAUAAAAAAAAUAUGAUUGACCGCCCAAAAUUAUCACCUAGCACAUUUGAAAAAUCAAAAGCUGAAAUCGAAACCGAUGAUACUUUAGACGUAACAGAGGAAUGGAACACGGAAGAGGGACGAAUACUCACGUUAGAGCUCAGACAUUCCAAAAGACAACGACAAUGUACACCGCCGACUAUCAAACAGCUAAAGAAUCUAGCGCGACCCGAUAUUCUGCCUCCAUUGCCACCAACGGAAGAUAAUCCAAUUUAUGAGCAACCAAUAUUUCCUCCAAAGAAAGUAGAAGUCGAAAAUAUUUUAACAGAUACUCCACCAAAAAACGUGAGUGGCCGAAGUCUCAGUCCGAGAAAAUAUACGAAAAAUGCGACAUUUGAGUCGCCUUUCUACGUGAAUUCCAUUGAAAAAGAAUAUGGGCCUUCCUGCAGCCCAUUGAGAGCUUCUGGUCAUUUAACGUCCUCGGAGUACACAAACAAUCCUCAUUGUUCAUCAAAAUUGGGGAAUGUAAGCAGGAAUUCAAGCAGAAGACAAUCACUGAAAAACAGUAUAAACACAAAUACAUUUGUGAGAGGGCCAGCAAAAGAAGACCAAUGCAAACCAAGGUUUAGAAGAAGGAAAGGUCAAAGCAUUGAAGAUUCAGGGUAUUUAAGUAGUGAUUCAACAAGUUCUCGACAAGUGCAAAGAAAAUUGGUGAUUCCUAAGAUUGUUAGUGGUAGUGAAAGUGAUGACACUGAAAACGAAGCUAGGAGUGAGUCAGGUGCUGAAAGUGUAGAAACUCAUUCAGUGUAUUUUGGUAGCUAUAGAAAACCACAAAUAGACGUUGAAAACUGUUUUAGACAGAGCAGUAGAAAAAAUAAAUAUACUUAAGACUGCUUAUAAAGCAAUCUAUAUAGAUUUUAAAAAACAGUGCAAUAAAUUACUGUGUGCAAUAAAGGUGCAAUAGAUAUUUUUAUGUCUAAUAAGUAAUUCUUAAAUAAUUUAAUCUUGUUUAUAAGUAAAUAACUAAUGAGCCUUUUUUUGUAGAGAAUUUGUUAAGAUAUAAUUUAGACAUAGUGAAAGGCCGGACGUGCAAUGCAAUUAUAGGAUAAAGAUUAUAGAAUCAUGUAUACUAAUAUUAGACCACAGGUCAAGUACUGCCCAAUGCAAAUAAGAUAUUUUUGUAAUUUCUAUGAAUAUUUGUUUAGACUUUAUAUAAAUAAAUAAGAAUGAGUCAGGCGGCAAUAGUAGCUUCCUAGUACCUGACAAAAAUAGUGCUCCAGAGAGGGAUAAAUAUAUAAUAAUCAUCCCCUCUGUACGAACACAUAUAAAAAAGGUUAAGGCAUUAAGACGUUGUUUGGGAACAAACAAUCUAAUAUUUUUAUUUGCAUAGUUUUAUGAGACUGUUUUUUAAUGUUGUUUUCCUCGUAAAAUUGGUGUAACCAAUAGUUUAAAGGGCUAUAUAAUUUUCAAUUUAGUAGAUAGGUAUAGUACAAUAAUAAUAAAUUUAUUUAUGUUUGAAUAACACAAUCUAUACCUAACAUUCUUGGGUUGAAAAUGAAUGCCUUAUAUUCAAAAGAUGUUUAUAACGAUUGUUUGUUACCAACAGUCAUGGAUUCUUUUUCGGUUGUGGUUUUAUGAUAUUAUUUAUAUUAUAUCACUGUAGAUAGACAAUUGCAUAUUAUAGCUGAUUUUGGUGCUAAGAAUCGCAAAGUGGAGAACCGGGUACAUUUAUUUUAAAAAGACGCCACGGUCUUCUUUUUGCAAAAACGACAUCUGUCUUACUCCUUCAGAGGGUAGGUAUUAGGUAUUAUUAGAUUUGAUCUUAGACUGGUCUACUGAACAGAAAAAAGUUUUAAAACGAACAAUGCACAAUAUGCACUAUCUACCUGCAUUAGGUACAACUUCAUCGUCGUGUGAUGUGUGGCUAACACUAUAGCUAUAUGGUGGCAAAUAAAAUUCAACGCUUCGUUCUAAAAUGCGCACACAGUUGUUAAUCAAAAAAAAUAUGUUUUUUUUUAAAUUAAUUGUUAGGUUUUGUCUUUAAUUUUCUCUUUUUGCUUUUGUUGUAAAUAGACUAAAUCGAUGGAGUCGUGUGUGUUAGUGUUAUCUAUAUAUCUAAUGUUAACAUAACGUUUACGUUUUUGCAAAAAGUAAGACACCUAUGUAUAAAGUGUGCGUUGUACGAGUUUAACUCAAUUAGUUAGUAGAAUUUAUUUAUUUGUUGAUUUAGAAGUUUGUUAUGCAUUGAACUAAGUUAUUAUAGGCAAUACAAUAAUGCUCAAGAUACACAAGUAGUAAAUAUUUACGUAAUUGAUUAUUCAGCAAAAUAGCUAAUUUACCUAUUAAGUUUUAGCAGCCAGUGUUUGUUAAGAUAAAUUUUAGUUUUGUACUUUUUUAUAAUUUUGUUUUUUUUUUUAAUUUUUUAAGUAUUUUAUACUUUUUUAAUUAUACCAAAAUACCAUUAUGAUUACAGAAAACAAAUUUAUCUGGUCUUUACACUAGGAUUCCCUGUAUUGUGGAUACUUUCCAUUACCUACUUUUUGCAAAACAUCACAAAACAAAAUCGAAUGUUAUAUGUGCUUAGGUAAUUUUAUUCCUAUAUUUUUAUAU